ACCCAGCGCCAUAUUAAGUGACACCUGCACCCCUCCACUCUUCCCCUGUGCCCUCCUGCCCCGCCACAAACACUGCUAAGGAUAUUUCCUGCGAGUUAUCCUCCCACCGAGCCGCCUGAGAGUGUGUGGUUAGCUGUGCUGCAGGUCCCUUCGAGGGGCAGGUCCUUCGGGUCAAGGAUAAGGAAAGUCCCGCCUCAGGAUGAGGCAAGACCGCCCGCGGCCCUCCCCAGCUGGCGCCAGAGGAGGCUCGAGCGGCAGCCAGUGCCAGGUGGAGGCCUGAGGGUUGAGGCCUUGUGAGGUGAACCUCGUGUCGAGCAUGGAGGAGCCCGGGGCCGAGCGGUCGUCCUCGCCCUCGGGCAGCGAGGACAGUGAGGGCGAGAGCAAACACGGAGAUACUGUGGAGAACGGGAGAGAGUCUGAGGAGGAGCAGGAGGAGCACAGCAAGGGGGAAGCCGAGGACUCCUCCUCCUCAGACAGUGACGGCAGUGGCGAGGAUGACUCCGAGCACUCAGCCAAGUCUGACCCUGGGGAUGCAAGGAAUAGUGGUGGCGGUGGUGAUGGUGCCGAGGAGGGCCAUGGGAGGGAGUACAGUAGUGGGGGUGGAGGCUACCCCAUGGAGGGUGAGGCAUACCCCCUAGCUGACCUUCCCCUGGAGGUGAUCACUACAGUGGAGCCGACCAACUAUGCCUACCCAGUGCUGAAGAACAUGUCAAAUGGGGUGCUGACUCACCGCAACAUCUUCACUGAGGCUGAGCGCUCGGUGCUGGUGGGAAUCAUCAACAAGUACCGCAACAUUGUGGACACCAGGAGCAGGACGAGGGAGAUCUACCUGGAGAAGCAGAAUGUGUGGCAGCAGAUUGUGGAGGAGUACAACAGCACGGAGAACAUCAUGGUGCGCACAGAGAAGGAGCUACGCAAGUGCUGGGACAACAUGAAGUACCGUGCCAAGCAGGCCGAGAAGGAAAUGUUCAAGACGGAGAUGAAGGCAGAGGAUGAGGGCGAGCCGGGCAUCAAGACGGAGCCACCGGACCACGACACCUUCCACUUUGCCUCAGACUAUGAGGCAGUGAAUGAGGAUGUCUGGCAGUGUGGCGAGCCUAGCGGGGAGGAAGAGAGGGAGCCAGCCCUCAAAAAGGCACGGCAAGAGUCCCCCAAACUAUCCAGCCUUUUGUUGGCUGCUGCACACAAACGUUCUCCAGGGAAGAAAGCCAGCAAAAGUAGUAGUGGCUCAACCAGCAAGAGUAGCAGCAGCAUCAGCAACACCAGUAAUAACUUUCCAUACAGCAUCCCGUCAUGCACUAAAGUAAUGCACGUUAAGAAGAAAGGACAGUCGGGUACUACUGCUGGUUCUGUUAAUAUCUCGUCCCAGGAAAUUCCCAUCCUACCCAAGGGUCUGGCCUCCUGCCUCUCCAUUACCAACAUCCCUAACCCAUCAGGCACGCUGGGGAACUCCAGUCAGGAAUCUGCCUCCCCAGGCACCUCACCCGUCCAGGCUGCUCUCAAGCCCAUGCCUAGCCUCAAAAAGAUGGUGCCCUCCAAGCACCAGCACAGCACAGCCAAGGGCUCCGGCAUGCGCUCCAGCAGGAAGUCCAAUGGACUUUCCUCCAAGGCCAGGGGACACACCACAGCUCCUGGCCCAGAGCAGCCACCCUCCCCAGUGCUGGGCGAGGCAGAGAGUGAAGAGCGGCUGCUCAGCUCCCGGUUGGUGACGCAGCGCCUCCAGCUGGAACAGCGCGAGCACGAGCUGCGUAUGCGGUUGUUGGAGAAGGAGCUGCAAGCGCACACCUUCCAAUGCCAGUACUGGAACCUGCGGCUGAAGCUGCUGCGGGCAGGCCGGGAGGGUGGUGGCAGUGGUGGUGGUGGGGCCCUCAACCUCGCUGGUGCUACUAACGGUGAUAUUGAUUAGCUGGUGCUCUGACGGGCCAGAGUCAAAACGACAGGUUGUGAGUUUGUGAUGAUUGGCUACUCUUUAAGACAGGGACCCGCAGCACAGUAAUUUCUUGCUCUUCGAUACUUUCUCCCUUCCCUCUGCUCUGGUUAUUUAGUGUAACUCCCAAGGUUGUUGGUCCCUUUUGGUGUUGUGUCACGUGGACCCCAAUGGUUGUGUGUUCAGGUACAACAUGUUUUACUAUCUCCUGUCUGGCGUGGGUCUUGGCCUCCACUUGGCCGCCUGGCCUGGUGCGUUCAAGUUUACCUAUUUUUACAGAGGCUAUUUUGUGGUUACUAUUUAAAG